GAUUCCGACAUGAGAUUCAUGAAAGUAUACUUCUUGGCUCUUCUGGUGUGCCUGUGUUACCCAGAGAAGGACUGGGAGAUGUUUUAUCACUGCUGUAAAAAUAGAAUGUGCCUUGAUAGAUGCGAUUUUGAAAAGGUAUCGUCAGAAAAGCACACCGCCUGCAUGAAAAAGUGCUAUGCCGAUUUCAAGUCAAAAUGGCAAACGAUGAUGAUUGGGAUUACUUUCAACCCCAAAUAGACCUUUCACCGCUUGUAUGCACAGGCCUUAAUAUAAAUUGUGAUCAGAAA